AUGUCCACCAUAUCACCUCUGCUCAUUCACCAUCUAUCACCUCUGCUCAUCAUCCACCAUCACUUCUGCUCAUGUCAUCUCACCUCUGCUCAUGUCACCAUCACCUUUGCUCAUGUCACCAUCACCUCUGCUCAUGUCACCAUCACCUUUGCUCAUGUCACCAUCACCUCUGCUCAUGUCACCAUCACCUACGCUCAUGUCACCAUCACUAUGCUCAUGUCACCAUCACCUAUGCUCAUGUCACCAUCACCUAUGUUCAUGUCACCAUCACCUACGCUCCAUGUCACCAUCACCUACGCUCAUGGCACCAUCACCUACGCUCAUGUCACCAUACUCGCUCAUGCUACCAUCACCUACGCUCAUGUCACCAUCACUAUGCUCAUGUCACCAUCACCUUUGCUCAUGUCACCAUCACCUUUGCUCAUGUCACCAUCACCUCUGCUCAUGUCACCAUCACCUAUGCUCAUGUCACCAUCACCUUUGCUCAUGUCACCAUCACCUAUGCUCAUGUCACCAUCACCUUUGCUCAUGUCACCAUCACCUUUGCUCAUGUCACCAUCACCUUUGCUCAUGUCACCAUCACCCUAUGCUCAUGUCUGCAUCACCUAUGUCAUGUCACCAUCACCUACGCUCAUGUCACCAUCACCUACGCUCAUGUCACCAUCACCUAUGCUCAUGUCACCAUCACCUAUGCUCAUGUCACCAUCACCUACGCUCAUGUCACCAUCACCUACGCUCAUGUCACCAUCACCACGCUCAUGUACGGUGCUUGAUGAGGAACCUGUAUGCUACCUGUGGUCUUGA